UCUUACCAUUUCUUGUGAAAGACUUCUCUGCUCGACAAAUGCAAAUAUAAUAUUCCUUUGGGUCUGUGAAUCCCUCUUCUUUCAAAAGCGACUGUACUUCUGACCAAGAUUUUGGCCAUAGAGAAGCCAAAAUAUCCUCAUCAAUUUCUGGAUCAAGGUUGGUAAAUAACAUUGUCCUCCCAUAACUCAAAAUAUCCUCGAAUGUUUUUAUUGAACACCCACUAUUAUCCACAAUAGUCAUAGCUUGCAGAACAGCCUUUACAACAAGUCUUUUGUAAGGGUUGCCUUGAUUGAAGUCAUCUUCCAUGUCAUUUCUAUUUUCAUUGUCAUGAUUCAUACAUACAUCUUGGACAACAUUUAUUUCGCAAUCGAUAUUUUCUGAAGUUUCCAUCGUGACAUCAGAUGUUUCAUGUUCUUCAAACGUAUUUUGUCCAAAAGCUUCGUCCUCUUUCGAGUUGUGAAAUGAAGAUGAUAUACGAGCUUCGUUCCAGUGCCGUAGUUCUGUUUUCCUUGUAACAGCUCUUCCUUUACAGCGAUAGCACCUACAAUGAACAUGUCUAUAAGAUAAUUCAGUACAGCUGCAUGUGGAUACUUCUUUUCUUGACCACAUUUCGACGUUGAAUCCACCAUAUAUUCCUCUUGUAGCUCUUUGCACGCAUCCGCCAUCUUUGUUUACCACAGGAAGCCCAAAUUCAGCACUUGUUAGCCAAUAGUGAGAAAGCUUAUACCAACAACUAAAACGGCGGGAAAAAACUACCAAUCAAUGCCGCUGUUAGAAAAAUUGAAGGAAAGGCGGGCAAAAUUGACCAAUGAGAUAGCAAAUAGACUCAUGAACAGCGUAGCUUGCCCGGCCUUGCUGUAUUUUCACUGCAAAUAUUCCAAGAUGGAUGACUCGAUUGUACAAGAAGGGCAGAGUGGUACGAGUCAGGUGAACGAAAACGCUCAAAUUCUUACGGACAAGAACGAUUUGGAAUCGAAAAUUAAAGAUCUAUUCGGCGAGGAAGUUUUAAAUGCUUUCAAACGUGAACAAGUUGUCAAUGAGAUGGCUAUUUCAGACCUCUUGGAAAGGAAAGCGGAUGCCACAAUCUUUCAAAGACUUUCCUUGUGUUACGGUAAAGCGGUCAUUUUCAAGAAGGAGUUUAGUUUUCUCAAAAGACAAAAGGCAUCUUUUGGCUCCAAAACGUCCCCUUCUCCUCCGCCAAAACCGACUAUGGCCGACUUACAACAGCUGAAUCCAGAAAUGAAGCACUUAUAUCUUACAAAACGUAAAAAAAUAGGGGUAUUAGCAGCAAACAAAUGGACUGAAUUUCCAAAGUUUAACUCGCCUGAGGCCAAAGCUGAACUAGAUGCAUUUGCCGAAAACAUAGAGAAAGAAUGUGGCAUAAAAGAGAUCAAUUUUGGAAAGGAAGGAAUAAAGAAGCACAUACAGAGUUUUUGCAAUGAACAACGUAGAUACAACAAAAAACGAAAACGUCCAUCUUAUGAUGAUGAUUAUAAGAUUCCAAGUUCCCAGGCCAUAAAAAAAGAGAUGCAAAGCAACCAUAGCUCAUCAGAUCUAGAGGAAAGCUCAGUAGAUCUAGACAGAGAGGGGGAACAGGAUGAACAUUUAGAACAGGAUGGAAGUAGUGCUGGAGACACAGAGAUUUUGAGUGAUGAUGAGAUGGAAGGAAGCCAGUGCCCUAUAAGCCCCAAAAUUCCAAAACCCAGCACUAGCACUUCAAGCCCAGAAGAUGCGAAAGCAGGGGAUCAAGUUGAAGCUCUACCAUUAAAAAUAAAGAGGGCAGUGAUUAAAUCAGUGUUUGGUAAACAACUCACCAGAGAGGUGUGUGUUGAUGUACUUAAAAAUAAAUUCUUUUUGAAAAGCAAUGCCUUAACAUCUCUCUCACCUAGUCAGGCAAUAGCAGUACUUAUUAGAAAACUUGUAAGUCAAAAAUACGUAGAAUUUAAAACACCACCGUCUCAGAUAACAUCUAUUAAUGAUGUAAACGUGUUAAAGGAAAUUUCACUGAUGUGAGGUAGACACUUAAUUAUACACUUGUCUUUGUUAGGUUCUUUAUAUCUUCUAAAAGCUUAAUUCGUUAUUUGCUUCAAAAGAUUUAGAAAUAGUUUGAGAAAUUUAGCUUGUUUGAAUUGGAUAUGCUGAAGUUGUAGCCACUAGUGAUGUGAGGCAGGCUUAACAGCUUAAAUCUUUAUGUGAUAUUGAUCUAAUAGGUCUGUGCAUGUUGAUAUUAAUUGUUGUGUAACUUCUGAGUAUUGACAUGGGCAAUAUUUGAUGCUCAUGUCAUGUCAUGUGCAAUAAUCUUGGGUAUUUGUAUAGCAUUACAAUCAUCACCCACUUGCACAUCAAAUUAAUAUUGUAUUUAAGUUAACCAAAACAUGGCACUUCUGCUGUUAAUGUUUAUCACGAAUUUAUGUUACAGUAAAUAAAACGUUUUGAAAGUA